AUGGCCGCCGACGACACCUCCUCCACCAAGGGCCGAUGGGAGCGUGCCCUGGGCGUCGUCGACACUUGGGGGGAGACGGCGCGAUACCACGACCUCCCCCAUUACUCGACGCAUGUCUCUUCCACUUUGUCCUCGUCGACCGACAACUCGUCGUCCUCGUGGUCGUCCGCCGCCGACACCUACCUGCUGCCGGACGACGAGCGCGAGCCCGAGCGCCUGGACUUCUGGGGCCACACCUUCGUGCAGACGCUCAACGGCGCCCUGUACGCCGCUCCGCUCGACCCAAAAGACAUCGAGCUCGUUCUGGAUAUCGGCACCGGCACCGGCAUCUGGGCCUUGGACUUCGCCGACACCCAUCCUGAUGCCCGGGUCCUGGCUUUUGAUAUCAAGCACGUGCAGUCCAGCUGGACAUCGCCGAACUGCAAAUUCUUUGUAACCGAUGCCGAGGAGGAGUGGCCGUUCGAGAGGAACGCAUUCGACUUCGUGCACGCGCGCUAUCUGUACCCGGCCAUCACCGACUGGGCGCGGCUGUGGCGCCAGUCCUUCGAGUGUCUCAAGCCGGGCGGCUGGGUCGAGCACCAGGAGGACUCGGCCAUGUUCUGGUCCGACGACCCGGGCUUCGAGGGCUCGCGCACCAAGUACUUUGCCAACCAGAUCGAGUACGCGUCCAAGAAGAUCGGCAAGAACUUCCGCAUCGCCGCCGAGCAGAAGGAUCGCAUGGAGGAGACGGGCUUCCAGAAUGUCGUGCAGAAACUGUGCAAGAUACCCAUCGGCACAUGGGACGAGAACCAGCUGGACUUGGGCAAACGCAUGCUCCUCGUCGUGCUCGAGGGCAUUGCGCCCACCGCUGUGCCCGUCUUCACGCGCGUCCUGGGCUACGACAACGACGAGAUCGAACAGCUCUUAGACGAGGUCAGGGCCGAGUUCCUGAGGCAGGAGUACAGGGUGUAUUUGAAGUUCUACUACACAUACGGUCAGAAGCCGCCAGAGUCGGACUCGGAGCAGGAAGAAUGA